AUGACCGACCCAGAGAAGGGACCUGAUCCGCCCCCGGCAAAUGGCGUUCUUGAAGAAGAGGAGAAUGAGGAGUCUUCGCCAAACUUAGUUCAAGCCACAACCACAGCAUCUGAAAUUCCCUACAGCAUAUUCACCACCCCUCAAAAAGCCUUAAUCAUAACUCUCGUCUCAAUAGCAGCCACCUUCUCCGGCUUCGCCUCCAAUAUCUACUUCCCCGCCAUCCCGCUACUCUCACGCUCCCUGAACGUCUCACCCGAACUUAUAAAUCUAACUGUGACAUCCUACAUGAUCCUUCAAGGCUUAUCCCCCUCUAUCUGGGGAGCCGUCGCAGACGUCCAUGGUCGACGUGUCACGUAUAUUAUCACUUUCACGAUUUUCAUCGGCGCUUGUAUUGGGCUUGCUGAAACGAGGCAUUAUUAUCAGUUGGUCAUCCUGAGGUGUUUGCAGAGUGCGGGGAGCGCGAGUACGAUUGCUAUUGGAGCGGGAGUUGUAGGUGAUGUGACGAAGAGGGAGGAGAGGGGUGGGUGGAUGGGUGUUUACCAGGCGGGACUUUUGGCACCAGUUGCGGUUGCGCCUGUGCUUGGAGGAAUCUUUGCUCAGACUCUGGGGUGGACGGCAAUCUUUUGGUUCUUGACGAUUUAUGCGGGGGCAUUUCUUGUCGUUCUCAUCGUUGUCCUACCGGAAACUUUGCGAGCCAUGGUUGGGAACGGGUCGAGACCCGUGACGGGGUUGUCGAAUUCAUUGCUAUCGUAUAUCCAACGACGACGCCAUCCCCUUUCUCCAGAAGAAGAAGCAGAUUUACAGCGCACGAUGACUUCCGCUUCGGGAUCUAAUGGAUCGAUGAAGAAACUCCCAGUCGAUAUCCUUGGCCCGAUCAAGAUAAUCUUCAGCAUCGAAGUCUCCUUCGCCAUCCUCUUCCUCUCCAUUUACUACACUGUCUGGCAAAUGACCGUGGCGGUAAUGUCUACUCUCUUUGCGCGGACAUACCACCUCUCCUCGCUGCACAUCGGAUUGACGUUCAUUGGGAAUGGAGUCGGCUGUAUCAUUGGGACGCUUACGACUGGGAAGUUUCUGGAUAUGGAUUAUGCGAGGUUCAAGAAGGGGUUUAAUGGUGCCGCGGAAGAUUUUCCACUAGAGAAAGCGAGACUGAGAACAUUGUAUCUUUGGAGUGUGCUACAAAUGGGGGCGUGCUUGGUGUUUGGUUGGACCCUAGAGAAAGGAGUACAUAUUGCGGUUCCGAUUAUUUGUACAUUUGUGCUGGGGUGGGCGGCGACAAGUAUCAUUAGUGUGGUAUCGACAUUCAUGGUCGAUGUUUAUCCAAAGAAGGGUGCCAGUGCUACAGCAGCGUUGAAUCUGCUGCGGUGUUUGAUGGGUGCGGGAGGUACAGCGGCAGUAUUGCCAAUUGUUAAUGCAAUUGGAGCUGGAUGGACGUUUACCCUAUUGGUGGGUAUCAUGGUUGUAGCCUUGGGCCUGGUGGAGGUACAAAUUAGGAGGGGAUUGGGGUGGAGAAAGAGACGGGUGAGGAAAGACUCCGAGAAGGAGAGGCUAAGGGAGAUACACAACACAGGAACAAUGAAAAGACGUAACGAAACGACGUGA